AUGUUCAUCCACUUCAAGAACGCUCUUCUUUGCGACAACGCUCAAUUAGUCCAUGGAGACUUGUGGGUUGACCUUGAGACAGGAAAAAUCGUGAGACCAAACCCAGGUGCUCCGCAUAAGACAAUUGACUUGAACCUAUCUAUCUUAGCACCGGGCUUCAUAGAUGUUCAAAUUAACGGAAUCUACGGGUUGAAUUUCUCCAACUUGAACCUGUCUGACCCCAAGGCAAUCAAAGAAUACCAGACACAUUAUAAAGAUGCUAUGACUAAAUACUUGUCAACAGGAGUUACUUCAUUAUGCCCAACGGUAACAUCCAACUUCCCCGAGGUCUAUGAGAAUGUAUUGCCAAUUGUAGGACCAUCUAGAUCCUCCUUGCAAGCAGACUCUUUGGGCGCACAUUUAGAGGGACCAUUCAUAAAUAUCAAGAAAAAGGGAUGCCAUCCAGUGGAAACCUUUGUCGAUGCCCAUGAGGGCUCUAAAAAGGUGUACCUGGUAUACGGAGGAGAGGCCAAUCUUUACGAUAAUGUCUGUAUUGUCACAGCAGCUCCUGAGAUUCCAGGCGUAUUGGAUGCCAUUCCAGAUUUGAAAAAGCAUAAUAUUACUUACUCGAUAGGUCACACUGCUGCUGACUAUGCUACUGGCUUGAAAGCUAUCGACAACGGUGCUACUAUGAUCACACAUUUAUACAAUGCCAUGCCCCAGCCUCACCACAGAGACGUUGGAGUGGUUGGAUUAAUAACGUCGCCAAUUCCUUCCACAUACGGUAAAGAUACUCCCUACUUCGGUUUAAUUGCAGAUGGAGUCCACGUCGAUCCCUCCAUGUGUGCCAUUGCAUAUCGUUCAGCUCCAGAUAAGUGCAUGCUUGUGACCGAUGCCAUGCACUUGAUAGGACUCCCUGACGGCACCUAUCAAUGGGAUUCUCAGGUGAUCGUAAAAGAUGGAGCAUCGUUGAAGUUGAAAGGAACUGAAACUUUGGCUGGUGCCGCUACUGACUUGAGUGAAUGUAUUAGAAACAUGGCUCAAUGGGCAGAUGUUUCGUUGGCACAGGUAAUUGCCUCGGCCACAAACAUACCUGCGAGAGCAAUCGGUGUAGAGAGUCAGAAGGGCUUCUUGAACAUAGGCUGUGAUGCCGACUUAGUGAUCUUGGACAAUAAGGGUCACAUAAAGGAUGUAUACAAGCUUGGUCAGAAGGUGAGUGCAAGAGGGUCCAACGACAAGAUAUUUGCGCAGUUGUAG